AUGGUGCUGAAUGUGUUUCGCAAGACCGAAGCUGACGUGAGCGACGAGGCCAAGGCGUUCAUCAACUCGCUGCCAUCCACCUUCAUGAACCUAUUCCGCAAGAAGCGCAAAUUGAUUCCUGUGUGGAGCUCCAGCAAGUACUGCGUCAUGAUCAAAGCCAUGUUCCUGGUGUACUACCGCGCGUCUAAGGAACCACACCAACCUGCAACCAGCACGAAUGGCCAGGCGAGUGACGAUCGCCAUUACAAGUUUAUCCACCUCCGCCACUACCACAUCAAAAUCGUCGACAACGAUAACCUCGGCAAUGUCGAGAAGGACCGCGCCAAGUACAUCACGCACGCCAACAACGUGCAGCGCGACGUGCCACGUCCGACAGACUUUCAAACGCUCAAGUUGAUUGGCAAGGGUCACUAUGGGCGUGUGAUUCUCGCAAAAGACAACCACAACCAGUUGUUUGCGAUCAAGGAAAUGAAGGCCGGGCAAGUGAAACACAAAGUCAUCCACACUGAGCGCAUGGUCAUGGAGCGGGUGGGCGACCACCCGUUUGUGCUGGGCCUUGACUACGCCUUUUCUAGUGGCUGGCCGUUGUAUUUAAUCUCCAAGUUCAUGCCAGGAGGCGACCUCUUCCUGCACAUGGAGAAUCACGGCGGAUCGUUCCCUGAAGCCGUCC